AUGUGUCUUUCCAAGUGUGAUGAUCCCGCCGACGAGCGUUUUUUUAUCAAUAUCACCCUCAGAUGGUGCAAAGACAACAAGGACAAGCCAGAAAACAACCUCAUCUGUACCGUCAAUGAGCUUGAUAACACCGACUACAACGUCGUUGACCUUGUCAAGUUGCUCAUUGCCUGGGCCCUUCGGAGUGAAGCGGUUUACGCCAACACAUUCGAAGACCUCAUCACAACCUGUCGCGGUCACCCGAAGAGACUUGUCAUCUGGCGUCACCCCAACAGAGCUAUUUUCCCUGCUGCCGGAAAAGCUGGCGAUGUCCUGCUUGAUGGGAACAUGGAAUACCGCCAGCCGCUUGCUCUGCUCCGCAAGUCAUGUAUCACCGCUGGUCUCGCUAUCCAUCCAGUCACCCACGACGUUCGCCGCGGGGCCAUCAGGGGAGUCUUCGAGAUAGGCCGUGGCCUCGGUAUUGACAGCGGUCGGGAACUCGCGAGACAAGUGGCUGGCCAUUCUCUCUCGAGCUUUGCCGCUGGUGUGACAGAUGAGUACAUCGGCCCCAGUCACAUCGACCACUACUCCUUGCGCAUCAACGCACAUACCUCAAACCAGUCGAGGAACAAUACAAACGAAAAGAAGAGAGCUCUUCCAUAUGACUUGGAGUCAAAUCUCACUUGGAGUGAAGGUCAAACGUCAUCGAAGCGUAAGCACAGCCGCCAAGAGAUUACGGACACAUGCCAAUCGAUGGGUCUGGACCCCAAGGUCGUUCGGCACCGAGAGACUGCCUCGAAGAAACUCAACUCGACACAACACUGGGCUGCUGCAAUUAACGAGAGACAAGAACAAGAUGCCAUGGACGCCCUCACGGCCCACGCUCCUCCAGGCAAGCAGAUCAAUGAGGCUUCGGAGGGAACAGAAAAGGGCAAAUCGUCGUCCAUUACAAACCCUCGAAAUCCCUUUACUCACCCGAAAUCUUUCGAUUCUUGCAACUUGAUUGACAUUCCGCAAGAUGGCCCUGUCAGUUCCGCGGCUCGGUCCGAGGCCGACAUCAUCAAUGACAGUCUCGAAGACAUCAUUAUUCAAGCUGAUGACGACGCUGAGCAAGACGCCACUGAGCAAGACGCCCUCGACGCCAUGCCCGAGAUUCCCUUGGAGAGCGAUAGCGUUCUCACUUCAGACCGUAAGCAGUUUGUUACGUACUUUUCUUCAGUCAACACGUAUCUACACCAGACCGCUACUUCAAAGAGCCCAGCCAUCAUGCCCACCACGAUUGGUAGCAAGGACCUGCCGGAUCGUAAAGUCUUCGCCUGCAGAAACAAGUUCUGUAGUCGAGUGUUCAAUCGGAGUGCAGCCUUCGAGCAACAUCUCAAGACAUGCGACCCCCCUAAGAACGACGCUCUCGUUUGCACUAACUGCUCUAAACUGUUCAAAACCGAAAAGUCGCUCAAGGGUCACCUCGAUCAGAAGAUUUGUGACUUUGGACAGAAGCUUUGUCCGUACAGACACGAAUGUGGCGACGAUACAGUUUUUACAGGCCGUGGCACGCUCGAGAAGCACUACGACGACAAACAUCGUGGCUGGGUCAAUCGCAACUGCCCUGUCAGAUCUUGCCCACGUCACACCCAGACAUUCAAUAAGAUCACUGAUCUCAAAGGUCAUUUGAAGAGGAUGCACAAAGAUAUUCUAACGGAUGACGCCAUCGCGGACUGGUUGCCCACCCCGCGUGGUAGAAUCAACGAAAACAAGAACAGCAGGACGAACAUCAAGAAGAGUCUCGAGAAGUGCGCUGAAAAGAGUACCAAGAAAAGCACAGAGACGACUGUGGCGAAUGAUUCCGAUGAGGAUAGGAUUGUUUACGACACGGGGGCCGAGGGCGAGACCGAGUCCGAAGGUUCUUUCAGUACUAUGACUGAAACCGAAGACGAGGACGACCAUGAGAAUGACUGGAGUGACUGA